AUGGGCUCUCCCCAGGGGCCAGGAGACCUGCAAGUCAUUCGAAGAUGGCAGCGGGCGAACACCCUCCAGGACGAGCAAGACCCCCGUUGUAUAUUGCACCUGCGUUCAGGAACCUCCUACCGACUGGCUGCAGCAGCCAGGCGUCUUUGGCAGGUUGUGGAAGAAAGGAAUAGUCCUGCAACGACCAUCGCAUCCGGUUCUACCAUCGGCUUUUCCGUUUAG